CCGCGCGCUCCCCCACUCCGGGCCGCGAUAUAAGGCCCAUGGUGGGCUUCUGGGUCCAGCCGCCCUCUACCACCGCCGCUCGCCGCCACCGCACCAUGUCCUGCCUCUCUUCGCGCGUCUGUAUCCCCGGCGGGGUCCGAGCCUUCAGCUGCGUCUCCGCCUGCGGACCUCGGCCCGGCCGCUGCUGCAUCACGGCCGCCCCCUACCGCGGCAUCUCCUGCUACCGCGGCCUCACCGGGGGCUUCGGCAGCCGAAGCGUCUGCGAGGGCUUCUGCGCCCGGUCCUGCGACCGCAGCUUCUGGUACCGCUCCGGCGGCGUGGGAGGCCCCAGCCCUCCCUGCAUCACCACCGUGUCAGUCAAUGAGAGCCUCCUCACGCCCCUCAACCUGGAGAUCGACCCCAAUGCGCAGUGCGUGAAGCAAGAGGAGAAGGAGCAGAUCAAGUGUCUCAACAACAGGUUCGCUGCCUUCAUCGACAAGGUGCGCUGCCUGGAGCAGCAGAACAAGCUGCUGGAGACCAAGCUGCAGUUGCACCAGGGCCGUGAGUGCUGCGAGAGCAACCUGGAGGCUCUUUACGAGGGUUACAUCCAAACGCUGAGGCGGGAGGCUGAGCAUGUGGAGGCUGACAGCGGGAGGCUGGCCGCACAGUCCAACCACAUACUGGAGGCACUGGAGGGCUACAAGAAGAAGUAUGAAGAGGAGGUGGCCCUCAGGGCCACUGCCGAGAAUGAAUUUGUGGCCCUGAAGAAGGAUGUGGAUGGCGCCUACCUCCUUAAGUCAGAGCUGGAGGCCAACGUGGAGGCCCUGACCCGGGAGACUAACUUCCUGCGGCAGAUGUAUGAGGAGGAGCUCCAAGUUCUCCACGCCCACAUCUCAGACACCUCGGUCAUUGUCAAGAUGGACAACAGCCGGGACCUGAACAUGGACGGCAUUGUGGCUGAGAUCCAGGCUCAGUAUGACGACACUGCCGGUCGCAGCCGGGCCAAGGCUGAGUCCUGGUACUGCAGCAAGUGUGAGGAGAUCAAGGCCACAGUGAUCCGGCAUGGGGAGGCCCUGCGCCGCACCAAGGAGGAGAUCAACGAGCUGAACUGCAUGAUCCAGAGGCUGACGGCCAAGGUCGAGAAUGCCAAUUGCCAGAACGCCAAGCUGGAGGGUGCAGUGACCCAGGCUGAGCAGCAGGGUGAGGCGGCCCUUAACGAUUCCCACUGCAAGCUGGCAGAGCUGGAGGAGGCUCUGCAGAAGGCCAAGCAGGACAUGGCCUGCCUGCUCAAGGAGUACCAGGAGGUGAUGAACUCCAAGCUGGGCCUGGACAUUGAGAUCGCCACCUACAGACGCCUGCUGGAGGGCGAGGAGCAGAGGUUGUGUGAAGGCAUUGGAGCUCUCAAUGUCUGUGUCAGCAGCUCCCGCGGCGGGAUCAUCUGCGGGGACCUCUGCAUGUCGGGCUCCCGGCCGGUGACGGGCAGCGUCUGCAGCGCCCCCUGCAGCGGGAACCUGGCGGUGAGCACCGGCCUGUGCGCGCCCUGCGGCCAGAGCAGUGGCAACAGCCGCCUGGUGCGCUUUGCAUAGCGCCUUCGGCUUUGUAAAUUCCCCGCUGGGCAAGCCAACCGUACCUGCCUCGGGCGGCGGCGGGGCUUAGAGCUUCUGGAGCUAGCCGGCUUGACCUGUCCCAACGGC